UUUUCCUCCGGUGACCGAUUCCACCGAGAGGGUGGCGGCCACAGGCGGGGAGGGUGCGGGCCGUACGUCCUCACAGGUAGGCGUAGCUGUGGCCGGCCUCCUGGAAAGCCGGCUGCUGCCCCGCCUUCUGCCUCCACCUUGGUCUCAGGAGGCAGGAACCCUCGUCCGUGGGUUUGGUCCGGGUCCAUCCCCGCAGGUCUUGCAUUAUAUAUAUGUAUACAGGUCUCAGGCAGGUAAUAUAGAUCACAAGAGAAGAACUUCCUGAAGUUGUUAAAGAAAAAAUUGAAAAUAGCAAUAUAGAAGACAAAGAGAAUUGACGGCAGAUAUAGAGGGCAGAAUGGAAGUAUUGUCCUAGGUAAUAGAAUACAGCAUAGAACAAAACAGACAGAUUCUCCUGCUCAUAUGCAACUACAGCUGAUGAUGUCUUCUGACUUCAGUAUAUUUAGAGUUGGGAUCUCUUUUAUCAUGAUGUGCAUUUUUCAUAAGUCAACUGAAGAUUCUGUGCCAGAACUGAGUCCUCAGAAAUAUUUCAGCACAUUGCAACCAGGAAAAGCCUCUCUAGCUUAUUUUUGUCAAGCUGAUUCACCAAGUACCUCUGUACUUCUUGAAGAACUGAAUGAGGCUGCUAAACCUCUCCAGGACUAUGGGAUUUCAGUUGCAAAGGUUAAUUGUGUCAAAGAAGAAACAUCAAGAUACUGUGGAAAAGAAAAGGAUUUGAUGAAAGCAUAUUUAUUCAGAGGCAACAUAUUGCUCAGAGAAUUCCCUACUGAUACCUUGUUUGAUGUGAAUGCCAUUGUCGCUCAUGUUCUCUUUGCUCUUCUUUUUAAUGAAGUGAAAUAUAUAACCACACUGGAAGAUCUUCAGAACAUAGAAAAUGCUCUGAAAGGAAAAGCAAAUAUGAUAUUCUCAUAUGUAAGAGCCAUUGGAACGCCAGAGCACAGAGCCGUCAUGGAAGCUGCCUUUGUGUAUGGGACCACAUAUCAAUUUGUCUUAACUACAGAAAUGGCCGUUUUGGAAAGUAUUGGCUCUGAGAAUAUAGAACUUGCACAUCUCUACUUUUUUCAUUGUAAUCUAGUCUCAGACUUGACACAGCAAUGUAGAAGAACACGAAUGGAACAAUCAUUGACGACACUGAACAUUCAUCUGUUUGUUAAGACAAUGAAAGCACCCCUGUUGACUGAAGUUGCUGAAGAUCCUCAACAAGUUUCAACUAUUCAUCUCCAACUAGGAUUACCACUGGUUUUUAUUGUUAGCCAACAAGCCACGUAUGAAGCUGAUAGAAGAACUGCAGAAUGGGUUGCAUGGCGUCUUCUGGGAAAAGCAGGAGUUUUGCUCUUGUUAAGGGACUCUUUGAAAGUGAACAUUCCUCAGCACACCAAUGUGAUCUUCAAAAGAGCAGAACAGGAAGUACCAGUGGAAUUUUUGGAGUUAUAUGAUGUUGACUUAAUAAUUUCCCAUGUGGAAAAUAAUAAUCACAUUGAGGAAACACAAGAAGAUGAAGACGAUGACAUGGAAGAUCUAGACAUGGAUAUUCAAGAUGAUGAAGUUGCAGAAACUGUUUACAGAGAUAGGAAGAGACAGUUACCUUUGGAACUGACAGUGGAACUCACAGAAGAGACAUUUAAUGCAACAGUAAUGGCUUCUGACAGCAUAGUGCUCUUCUAUGCUGGUUGGCAUGCAGUAUCCAUGGCAUUUCUACAGUCCUAUAUUGAUGUGGCAAUUAAAUUAAAAGACACAUCCACUAUGCUUCUUACUAGAAUAAACUGUGCAGAUUGGUCUGAUGUAUGUACUAAGCAAAAUGUCACUGAAUUUCCCAUUGUAAAGAUGUACAAGAAAGGCGAGAACCCAGUAUCAUAUGUUGGUAUGCUGGGAACUGAAGGUCUCCUGAAGUUUAUACAACUCAACAGGAUUUCAUAUCCAGUGAACAUAACACUGUUCCAGGAAGCAGAAAAAUAUUUAAGUGGAGAAUUAUAUAAAGACUUGCUCACCUAUUCUAGUGUGUCAGUACUGGGACUAUUUAGUCCAACCAUGACAACAGCCAAAGAAGAUUUUACUGAAGCAGGAAAUUACCUAAAAGGAUGUGUCAUCACUGGAAUUUAUUCUGAAGAAGAUGUUUGGAUACUGUCAAAUAAAUAUGCUGCAACUCCUCCAGCCCUGCUACUUGCCAGACACAAAGAAGGCACAAUUGAGAGCAUUCCACUUGCUAAUACCCAUGUGCAGGACAUAGUUCAAAUAAUAACAAACGCAUCACUAGAAACAUUUCCAGAAAUAACUGUAGAAAAUCUUCCCACUUAUUUAAGACUUCAGAAACCAUUACUUAUUUUGUUCAGUGAUGGCAGUAUAAAUCCUCAGUAUAGAAAAGCAAUAUUGACACUAAUGAAACAGAAACACUUGGAUUCUUUUAUUCCUUGCUGGUUAAAUCUGAAGAACACUCCUGUGGGGAGAGGAAUCUUGCGGGCAUAUUUCAGCCCUCUGCCUCCCCUUCCUCUUCUUGUUUUGGUGAAUCUGCAUUCAGGUGGUCAAGUAUUUGCAUUUCCUUCCAAUCAGUCUAUAACUGAACAAAACCUUGUGUUAUGGCUUAAAAAAUUAGAAGCAGGACUAGAAAAUCAUAUCACAAUUUUAUCUGCUCAGGAAUGGAAACCUCCUCUUCCAGCUUAUGAUUUUCUAAGUAUGAUGGAUGCUGCAACAGCUCCACAUCCCACUAGGAAAGAGCCUGAGUAUACGAAAGAAACAGAUGUGCCAGAGAAUGACAAGGAACAGUAUGAAGACAAGUCGUCCAUCAGAAAAGAGCCCAUUGAAACACUGAGAAUAAAGCACUGGAAUAAAAGUAACUGGUUUAAAGAAACAGAGAAAUCCUUUAAGCAUGAUAAAGAGUUAUGAUGCUCAAAAGUAAGCUAAUUUGAUAGGGCUGUCAUUUCCAAAGUCUUUUCAGCUUCUUUGAGAGACUUGAGAAUUUAUUUAAUUAAGGAAUGAUACUAAAUCAUGUCAAAUAGACCAGUGCCAUCUAGUAGAAUUUUAAUGCAAGCCACACGUAAAAUUUUCUAGUAGCUACAUUUUAUAUAUGUAUAUAUUAUUUUUUAGUUGAAUAUGGACACAAUAUCUUUAUUUUGUUUAUUUAUUUUUAUGUGGUGCUGAGGAUCAAACCCAAUCCUCACAUGU